AGUAGACCUAGUUUUCCCGGAUAUCUCUGUCUCUUAUUUCCUUUUUCCAUGGAAAUUAUUAUUGCAUUCGAGAGGCUACAGAUAAUCUUUAUUCUCCGUCUAACGUUCGCCUACGGAUGGUACGACGCGGCUACCGUGCCACUGCGCACGCGCAAUUGCGACCGCGUCGAGUACCAAACCACUAGACACCGGAAACCUAACCAACAAAUUUUGUUCCAUCGAAAUCUGCCUCCUUUUCUAAAUAAUUCGCGUUCAAACUCAAACCUGAGUACGCUUGCACUCAUCGGCACGUGUCCUUGAUUUCGCCAUGAUGUCGGCCGCCAUAUUAACUCGUUAUACAACGGUAAACUGCAAAAUUGGUGUAAAAAGUCGAAGCGCUAAAGCCAAUUAGAACCGCGAGGGAACAAAGUAGUUCGUUCCUCGGCGACCUCCUCCGGCACGAAGGGUUAAUGCUGUACCGUUCGCAAUUACUCGAACGAUAAUGAAUUCUAACUUAACUCCAGUCGUACAGUUACGCGUUAAGCAAACAGCUAUAUCCGCGCAAGAUAAGCCUCCGCCUGUGUUUCGGGGCGAAACCCAUUCGAAAGUCACUAGAUGCCCGCCAAUUAGAGCGCGGGCAUUCUCGAGCCUGCCUGUUGCUUUGUUCCAACGCGAGACGCGUUAAAUAUUCAAAUUUAAUUUUCUACGAACCACCUGGCCAUUCAUUACCGACUACGUCUCUCUGAAAAGAAAAAAGAAAAAAAAAGACAAAAAUUCAAAAAUUCAUUCUUCUGUCUUCCCUACCGAAUUCCUCGAAUAAGACAUCAGCCUGGGUACGAAAAUGAUGAGAAAAGGGAGCAAUACUUUGGCUUAGGGUAUCGGUUUUAGGCAAAGAGGGGGCCACUAGAGAUAGGAGAGCUUGGUCGAGGUGGAUUUCCGCGGAACGAGAGGAAAUGGUGGAAAAUACGGGAAAAGAAUUGGUCUUUAGCGAGCAACGUGUACCACGUCGGCGAAGCCAGUAGCUUGGAGAUGCGAUAGAUAGACGGUCGGUAAUUAGCGGCUGCUGAUUGGUCACCUUCCUCCUCGAUAUAUCCGAAGCUGGUCGGGGAUGCAGGAGCGUAUAAACGUGUUGCGUGGCUGUCCAUGGUGGGGGCUUAUUUACUCUCGCUAUUCAAACCAUGCCGGGUUGGCCGAUCGGCGUCGAGACGAGGAACGCCAGUCCGCGUCUGACACUCGCUGUGAUCGUGCGAUGCGUUUCGAACGGCGUAUCGAUUCGGUGUCUGUUCGUCUGUAUUCCCGCGUCGGCGACGUCGUUCUGGUGCUGUGUCGAUCGAGAAGACAGUGAUCCCUGUUGCAUCGAAGGGCCACACAGACCCUUUCGUGAGACGUGGACGAAGGGCAGAGUAUCCUGUCGGCUAUCGACGUUUCUCGAUGUUCGAUCCGUGUCGAACUUGCGCAGAGACUUGGUCGUGACUCGGUUCUACUCGCUUGGGAACGAUCCAAGAACGUGGGCAGCGGUGUGAUCGUUGGGUCGAUCGGUCGAUCGUGCGCGAUCGAUCGGGCCAGGCUAGAACACGUGGACCGUGUAACUGACAUGGAACAUCUUCGAUCGAAGCUCGUUCGCGUGGCGAGUCAGUGCGAGGUGAAAGCGCGUGGAUCGAUCGUUUCAAUCGUCGGUGAUCGUCGAUCGGCGCGUGAAACGCAUCGUUGAGGACUGGAGAGAUCGACUCCCGGGCCUCCAUAGGUCCUCGGGGACCUAAUGGCACCCGACCUUGAGAAGAGACGGCAGGAACUCAGGAGGACCAACAGCGGCACCUUGGAACCGGGACACGAGCACCUUCAAAUGCUCCUGCAGCUCCGGUGCACCGGAAACGCAUCGAUCGAGCCUUAUCGACACGGUAACAAUGCAGGAGGAAGAUCGUCAGCGGUGACAGGUUCGGUUCAAAGGAGCACCGUCACGUCGAGCAACCGCGCGCACUCCGCGUCUAGAAGAAUCAGCCAUCAGCAGCGUCAGCAGCAGCAGCAGCAGCAGCAGCAACAGCAGCAGCAGCAACAGCAGCAGCAGCAGCAACAGCAGCAGCAGCAAACACAGUCACAGCAACAACCACAGCCUAGGAUACCUUUGGGAUCCUUACGAAACUCGGAUGAGCACGGGUCGAGGGCCAACUCGGCACAGGAGAGUUGCGAUAACUCGAACGAUUCUGGCCUCGGCUUCGAGGAACGUCAGCAACACCUCACGAACGCAAACGCUUGGAACGGCGCCGGCGAGGAGGACUCGAAGAGGAGGAAGAUGGACAUCAAGCUCGAGUCCGAGGACGCGAACUUCGCUUUUCCCGAGGUUGCACACGCGACCAGCACCGAUAGCAAGACAGCCAGCAGAGGCACGUCGAACGGAAUAGGCGGAUUGGCCACGAUCUCCGGGAACAGGACAGGAAAUGGAAGCUCGGGGCGGGUGGUCGAGGUCUCGAGAUCUCGUCCAGGCUUGGGUGUCUUGGCAAAGAGAACGUCGGCUACUCAGCAGGGUCCAGUCACCCUAACCUCUCAACUGUGUAGUGCUUCCGCGGAUGGAAAGGUGCAAUUGCAAAUUAUCUGUCAACCCGAGCAGCAGCACAGAGCUCGUUACCAAACGGAAGGCUCGAGAGGAGCGGUAAAGGAUCGGACAGGAAAUGGAUUCCCGAUCGUACGACUGGUCGGUUACGACAAACCGACUACUCUUCAAGUUUUCAUCGGCACGGACCUCGGUCGUGUCGCGCCUCACAUGUUUUAUCAAGCCUGCCGUGUUAGCGGCAAGAACUCGACGCCGUGCAUCGAACGCAAAAUCGAUGGCACCAUCGUGAUCGAGGUCGAUAUGGAUCCAACGAAAGACAUGAUGGUCACGUGCGACUGCGUCGGUAUUCUGAAGGAACGGAACGUCGACGUGGAGCACAGAUUCCCCCAGGAAGCCGGAGUCCUUCAGGGACGCAGUAAAAAGAAGUCCACUCGUUGUCGCAUGGUUUUCCGGACGAUGAUCACUCAUCCGGACGGGACAACGGAAACUUUGCAAGUUUGUUCCCAACAGAUAGUUUGCACUCAACCACCGGGCAUACCGGAGAUCUGCAAGAAAUCACUCACGUCGUGUCCAUGCACCGGAGGUUUAGAAUUAUUUAUACUUGGAAAGAACUUUCUGAAAGAUACUCGCGUAGUGUUUCAACUAGACAACGAUGAUCUAUCGAGCAGCUUGGAACCGCACUGGGAAUGCGCGGUUCUACCUGACAAGGAGUUUCUUCAACAAACGCAUCUGGUUUGCGUCGUACCUGCGUACAGGCGGCAAGAUCUGGCACCCUCGGAAACGGUUAGCGUAAAAUUGUACGCGCUAUCGUCUGGAAAAACGAGCGAACCCCACACAUUUUUGUAUACUGCUGUGUCUACGCCCCCUGAGCCAUCGGUGGGAAAGGUCGAGCCGAUAACUCCACCUUUAUCCACCACCAACGGCGAAACUGCGUUAGCAACGUCUCCUACAGCGGUGUCUUUGACUACAGGUGUAUCAUCGAGCACUUUGAUUACACAAGGAGCCGCAGGAACGCCGAACUUCUUGACGACUAUACAGCCACAACAGUCAACGUCCCAAACAGCAGAAACUCUUAAGAGCGAUCCGAGUCCACCACCGGUGACGGCAUCCUCUCAGGUGACACCAGUCAUGAUGUGGGCUGCUCAGAGCCCUAAUUGCCAAAAUUCACCACCUGACGUGAUGAUGCCACCACCUGCUUUGGUAGCGAAUCCGCUCAUAAAUCGCAGAUCGUCUUCGAAUCUUCAAUUAAUCUUACCAGAUAAUUUGAAGACAGAGGUUCUAGAUGAGAACAGUGAAAAUAGCAUGAUUAGCGAAAAUAGUAUGCAAAGCAUACCAACACCGACUGCGAAUGGUUCGUCGGGCACCAGUCCGUUGCAACAGCUCGUGAGCGAGAACUCAAGGGAGACACCUCAGGCUAAUAUAAUCAGAUCGGUGCCUGUAGCAGCGAACAGUUCGCCUGUGCAGGAAGCAGUCAAUCUUCUCGGUGUGGUAGAUCUAAUGCGAAACCAGCAUCCAUUGUCCAUGGUAUCGACACACCAAAACACCUUCGGAGAAGGUAGUCCUAACGGAAGUCUUCAGGGUGGUGGCGUUGUUGAUCUUCGUAUGAAACAUCACCAGUCGGAGUUCGGCACACUGUCAAAUUUUACCGCCCCGACAAAUGGACAACUGCCUGCACAGAGUGGUCAUAGCGUAGAAAAAUACCUUAACCAUAUCGAAUCUAACGUCAAAGAGGCUGAAAAUCAAGAGAAUGGAUUUGUAGGUACUAUACAACAACGAGCUUCCAUUAUUACUACAGGACGGCCGCCUCAACAAGGACAAGCUUCCAAUAUUUUAGCUUCUCCCCCUCAAGGCGUCAAGUUAGAUACUCUCGUUAACUCUGGCGCUGAAUCUCAUCAGUUGGUUUCGCCACUACGUACCGUGAAUCCCAAUAACAAUACCAUAAUGAGUCAUGUUUCCGCAGUCACUGAUCACGAAACGAUCUCGAGCCCCCAACAAAAUAGAACUAGCCCGCCUAUUCCGGUCAAGACCAUUCUCGAAGCGUUGAUGCCUCCUCAAACCGUGCCGCCAUUGCCGGGAAACGGUGCAACGUCCGUUUCAUCGCCCACAUCGGUCGUCCCAGAGCAGGCAAAUGGCGACAGUUUACUCACUACUAUCAAUGCUGCGCUUUUGCCGCCGAUGCAAGAGUCUCCCGUGACUGCGACCGGUACGUCCAAUACGACUGUUGGUGUAUCACCUCAUAAUCCAUUACAAGUUACGAAUGAGAGUAUAUCGACAGCGGCGGAGCAUAUUCCUCAGAUACCGGGCCUUAUACAGCCAGAUGUCGUAGCAAUGCAACAAGCGCAACAAGUGGAACAAGUUGUCGCGCAAGCACAACAGCAAGUUGAACAGGUUGUUGCUCAGGCGCAACAGCAAGCGGUACAAGCUGUACAGCAAGCGCAACAGCAGGUUGUUCAACAUGUGGUACAGCAUGCGCAAGUUGUCCAGCAGGCUGUACAACAGGCACAAGCGGUACAACAAGUUCAAGCUGUACCGGCUGUUCAACAGGCUGUACAGCAAGCUACGCAGGAAGUGGUGCAGCAAGCAGUGCAGCAAGCUACACAGGAAGUGGUGCAACAAGUUCAAGCGGUUCAACAGGCAGUGCAGCAAGCUCAAGCUGCUCAAGCGAUGCAACAGGCAGUGCAACAAGAUAUCGGUUCUAUGUUGAAUCAGCCAGCAGGUUUUGUUGCUGAAGCUAGUUCUGCUUUAGCGAGUGGAGCAGCUCAGGAACCAUCGCAGCAGAGGUUAACUAACGCUGCGGAACAAGCGAUUAAUAAUGUAAUUACUAAUGCUACUCAGGAUAUUAUUAAUAAUCGACCCAUUACUACAACAACCGCGCAUGCCAUAAUAGCAACGAAAAAUAUAUUAAAUAGUGUAGCUACGCAAAGUGCGCAAUUAAUGAACAGUGCUAUGGAGGGAAUUUUACCUAAAUCUCCUUCUGGCCAGAAUAAUAUCGUUGAACAGGUGGCGAGCAAGUCACCACCGGUUGCCUUACCUGUGACACCCAAUAGACAAAAUGUAAACCCACCUAUAACAAAUACGGCAAACAGUGCAAAUGGUACAACGGUUAGAAAGCAGGAAGACGGUAUGUUGCCUCAAGAGCUUACCUCGAUGUCGGAGCAUGAUCUGUUGAGCUACAUAAAUCCGAGCUGCUUCGAUCCUCAAAACGGUUUUCUUAUGUAGUACUGCCGUAUUCUUGUCAUUAAAAUAUAAUUUUGUAUUCGAUCUACUUUCGAAUACAGAGAGCGAGCGAGAGAGAGAGAGAGAAAGAGAGGGAGAGAGAGAGAGCGUGAACGAACGAACGAACGAACGAACGAUCGAGAAUAAUUAAUUCCAACCAGUUGAGUAUGAGAGAUAUAGUCUUGGCUCGGUACGAGUUAUAUAUUUGUGCCACAUUGUCGUUUCAGACUUUGUAUGUGAUAGAUAUGAAAUCCGUUUUUAUAUAAUGAAAAUGGACGAAGUUAGCACCACCUUUGUAACAAUUGAAAUCUUUUAUCGUGUUAAGUAAGACGGGCGCAUGAGAGCGCGACAAUUAGGGUUUUCUUUAUCUUCCUUUUUCUACGAGUUGUCGAAUGUGAUAAUUCAUUUUAUUUAUCUCCAUCAAAAGUCUCUUGCGCAUCCAGGUGCCUUUUCCCUAUUGUAAAGUAUCUGAGAUUGAUCUUUCUCGUUGCAGAAAAGGAGCAUCGUAAAUACGAUACGCGUGUAUAUGUAUUGUAAUAAUCAACACUGUACUGACCCCACUCAACUCUAAGUGGAGCCACGGGAAUUGAGUGUAGUAAAAAGUUACGUUUUUCACAGUACCUUGAAGUAGA